AUGGCCAACAAGCAGACUGGGAUGGCUCCCUCUAUCGACAGUACCACCACCACACCCGCCGUGAGUGUGCAUGGAAAUAAUGACCCGGAGAAAGGACUCCCAUCGGAAAAAAAAGAAGCGCAACCUGUCGAGAAGUCAGUCGCUGCUGGUCCAGCACCCUCCGCACCGGCGAUCGGUCCCCCACCAGAUGGAGGUGCGCAGGCAUGGCUGGUUGUAUUAGGAGCUUUCUGUGGACUAUUCGUCAGCUUCGGCUGGAUCAAUUGCAUCGGAGUCUUCCAAACAUGCUAUCAAAGCCACCAACUGAGCGAGUUCUCUACCAGCACAGUAACAUGGAUCACAUCGCUAGAGACCUUCAUGAUGUUCUUCUGCGGCCCAAUCUUCGGAACUAUGUUCGACAGCUACGGUCCGCGCUGGGUCCUUCUCCUCGGUACAUUCCUCCACGUCUUCGGCCUGAUGAUGGCUUCCCUCUCAACAGAGUACUACCAAUUCAUCCUCGCACAAGGAAUCUGCAGCCCAAUCGGCGCGAGCGCCAUCUUCAACGCCUCCGUCAACUCCGUCAGCACCUGGUUCGCUAAGCGCCGUGGUUUCGCCCUCGGCGUAACAGCCUCUGGAUCGAGUCUGGGCGGAGUCAUCUUCCCUAUCAUGGUCAGCCAACUGAUUCCCAAAGUCGGGUUCCCCUGGGCGAUGAGAAUCUGCGCCUUCCUCAUUUUGUUCAUGUUGGGUAUCGCCAAUCUCACGCUCAAAUCGAGAUUACCGCAUCACCCAAAGCCAUUCCAUAUCAAGCUUUUCCUGAGACCGUUGGCGGAGAUCAAGUUCGCGCUUACGCUUGCUGGUGCCUUUUUCUUCUUCUGGGGCAUGUUCUUGCCCUUCACUUUUGUGAUUACCCAGGCCGAGCGAUAUGGCAUGUCUGGCGAUCUGUCCGGGUAUCUGAUUCCGAUUUUGAAUGCUGCUAGUAUCCUCGGCCGCACACUCCCGGGCUAUUACGCCGACAAAGUUGGCCGCUACAACAUGAUGGUGAUAACAACGUUCUUCUCCGCCAUCAUCGUCCUGGCCCUCUGGCUACCGUCAAGAGGCAAUGCCCCGGCAAUUGUGUUCAGCGCUCUAUAUGGCUUCGGCUCUGGUGCAUUCGUCUCGCUCGCACCGGCUCUUGUGGCGCAGAUAUCCGAUCUUCGCCAAGUGGGCGUGCGCAACGGCACUUUCUUUGCUGUCAUCUCGUUUGCGGCCUUGACAGGUACUCCUAUUGGAGGUGCUUUGGUGCCGGAUGUUCUCCAUGGCAGUUAUACCAAGCUACAGAUAUUCUGUGGUGUUGUCAUGAUUGUCGGGUCGGUUUUCUUUGUUUUCGCCAGGGGCGCUGUUGGUGGAUUCAAACUUAACAAGGUAUAA